GAAAAAACAGGUUCUUGUUUGCUCUGGAAUGUGCAACUUUAUUUAGUUUACUAAGGAAAUAAAAACCUGAAAAACAAGCAGGAUGUGGGUUGAAGGUGAGGAUGGUGCCAUUCCAGAGUCUGAUGAAGAGAGCGACUAUUCUUCCGAAGAUGAGGGGGAUUUUCAGUAUAAGAUCCUGGAAAAGCAGAGAGAUGACGUCAAACAUAAGCUGGCUAAAUUGGAGGAAGUCUCCAAUCAGCUCUUGAAAGAGAUGGAUGUCCUGGAGAUCCAGUUCCAGAUUGAACGCUCAUGCAGGGAGAGUGCUGAGGCACUGGCUGUCGAGGUGACCAAAGAGAACAAAACCCUGAAGAGGAGGAGCCAGAUGCUGAUGCCAUUCAUCCCUGAGCUGCCUGAAAACCUGGUUGCUGUGACCUGUGACCCGCAGAAUGACCCCACAGUCAACACUGAUGUGGUUGAUUUUGGGGAGGACAGUAGUGAUGUGGAGUCACUGCUGCUGGAGAGUCAAGCCAAGAUCACAGAGCUGCAGGCAUCAGUGGAUGGCCUGUUGGCUGAGAAGCUGCAGCUCGAGCAGCAAAUAGAAGAUAUGACCAAAGAGCAAGACCACCUCAGAGAGCAGCUAGCUCUGGAAGUCGAAGAGAAAGAGGCCUUGCUGAGGAAAAUGAAUAAACAGAGCAAGACCAUGAAUAAAAUCAAACGAGUCUCCCAGCUUGUCACCGAGGAGUUCACAGACAUGUCUCUGAAGCUGGAGUUGGAGGAGGACCUCCGGCAGCACGCUGAAGUCUUCGCCCACCAGAUGUUGGUGCAGCACAAUGUGGUCGAUGGACAGAACACGAUGCAGAGCCCAGAGACUGACCUGCAGCUGCAGCAGGUGCUGGAAGAGAUAUCAAACAUCAGCACAGCCCUGAGCAAUAUACAACGCUACUGCCAGAACCAGGUAAAACAGAGUCAGAGUGCUGUGGAAGAAUGCACUGUUCUGUCUGAGCUGCAGAACCUCAAAAAUCAGCUGGAAAAGAGUGAGGAGGAGAGGAAGGCUUUGGAAACUCAGCUGUCUGAUGCUAACGGCACUGUCACCCGGCUCCAGGAAGAAGUGAACCAGUUACAAGAAACAAUAAACAGGGGGGAUACAAAUGAUGAACCAAAGAUGAAAUUCCUGCUCCACCUCCUCCCGCCUCUUCCUCCACCCACCACUCCUGUCAGCAAUCCACUUGAUUUCCUGAGGAGCAGGAAGAAAGCUGGAACCAUUAAAGGAGAUCCAAACAAACCAUCACCCUUGUUGGAUCUAAAGUCAAAAGCAGUGGAUGAAAUGAUGGCGAGAAUAAGGAAAGGCAUUGUCUUAAGGCCCACCCAGAGAUUACAGGAGGACGACAGCUCAUGGAAGGACCAGAGGAGUGAAAACAGAAAAUCUGCUGUUCUGGAGUUGAAAGGAAUGCUGGACAACAUGAAGCGUCAGCACCACCACAGAGUACCAUCCAGGAGGGGAAUUGGCCGAAAUGUGGGUGAGGCAGAGCUCCUGUUGGUGCUCCAGAGGAGAAGGAGAGCAAUGGCAGAGAACCAGGACACUUCCUUCUCAUCCCAAACACAGAACCCCCAGUCAGGUGCACAACACGUCCCGGCAGCAGGAGAUGCUCCAUGGGCAGGCGACAUCAGCAGCGCUCCUGUGCUCCGAAGGCUGAAACAGAACAGGGAGUUGAGAGACUCUCGUAUCAGAGCAUCAGCACUGGUCGACAGCUAAGAAAACUGAGAGCAGUCACAGGAUGAAAUAUGAGACUUCUCACAUUUAAACACCACUGUAAUGCUCCAUAUUUUUCAAUCAAAUUAAUACAUGAAAGCACAAUUUCUGUGGUAAAAUGUCACGUCUCUAUUAAAAAGGUUA